GCUGGCCUGUCGCAAAGCUCAAGAUGAACGCUGCCGCACAAUCGUCGGGCAAGGCCAAGGCUGCGCCAAAGGAGGCCGCGCCCCGCGGAGGCGACGCGCUUUACUCGUGGAGCGACGACCGCCUGAGCGAGGUCCGCGGCAACAAGCUCUGGAGCCAAGACCCCAAGUACUUUCGCCGCGUCCAGGUCUCGCCGGCCGCCACGAUGAAGAUGCUUUCGCACGCGCAGUCGGGCGUUGAGAAGGGCAUGAGUUCGCCGGGCGGCAAGCCCGUCGAAAUCAUGGGUCUGCUCAUGGGCCGUCCGUCGACAGACCCGUCGAGCCCCAACACGCUCGUGGUCACGGACGCCUUCCCGCUGCCCAUCGAGGGGGCCGAGACCCGCGUCUUGGCCGACGACGCCGAAGUCAUCAACUACAUGAUCUCACUUGGCGAAGCGACCGAGAUCACGCGCAAGGAGAAGUUUAUGGGCUGGUACCACAGCCACCCGUUUGACGUGGAAGUCACGUCGCACUGCUUCCUCAGCUCAACGGAUCUCAGCACGCAGCUCCAGUGGCAGCGCUCGGAAGAUCCGCAUGGGAACCCGUGGCUUGCAAUUGUCAUCGACCCGCUCCGGUCGCUUGCCAAGAAGCGUCCCGAGAUGGGUGCAUUCCGUGCGUACCCGCCCGAGUACGCACCCCCCGUGAACGAGACGCCAGACGGGACGCUUGUGACGGACGACACGGCGCGCGUUGAGCGCUGGGGUAGCUGCUGGAACCGGUACUAUGCGCUCGAGGUCGAGUACUUUAUGAGCUCGCUCGGGUCGAACGUCCUGAGCGUGCUUUCGGAGAAGUUUCUCUGGAUGCGCACGCUGAGCUCGACUCCGAUGCUCGAGCGCGAGAAUCGCGAGCGCUUCUCGGAGCGAAUUGCGCUGCUGGCGACAAAACUUGAAGGCUGCGAGUCUAUGGUGUCGUCGCAGCGUGGCUUUGGCUCGUCGCGUAUGAGCAGCGGCUACUAUGUUCCCGACUCGUCCAAGUCCGCGCCCGCGUCCGAGGACUCAGCGCUCGACAAGUGCACGCAAGCAGCGAACGAGCUCUCGAUGGAGCACUGCCACGGUCAGACGCUCCAGGUCGCCAAGCAGAAGCUCUUCAAUUAAAUACUCUUGCUUAACACGAAUCCAAGCCUACGUGAAUCGGAGGUUCGCGCGCUUGGACUGGCGGUGCAUGUUCAUUUCAAA